AUGGUUCGAGUGCUGUUCGUGAUCGCCUUGGUGCUGCUGGCGGCCGCUGUUGUAGAAAGUCAAGAACAAUGGUUAAAACGCCAAGCAAUCAACGCACUCCUGCAUUUAGAUAGAGCGGACGCGCAAGCGCAAGCGGCAGCACGCGCUUACGCGGAAGCGCGAGCGGAGGUCAGGUCACGCGCGGAAGCGUAUGCACGCGCGAAAGCGAAAUUGGCCAGCGACGAGGGUUUCAGGGACGAAGCAUUAGACUUAGACUACAUGCGCGUGAUCCGUCUAUAUCUCGACACGGUCGCUCAUUGGCCGAACGAAAAAUUCGGACCCAUAACUAUGCGCACACGCAUGCUAUCCAUGUAUCAUAAGUUAAUAUUGACUAUACUCGUUUAUGCUGAGAUCUCAGCGUUGUUUUUGGUCAGAGUCAGAAUGACAACUCAUGGUUUCAUUGAUUUGGGACAAGAUUACUUGUCUAUCUUGAUGUCCUUCGUAAUGAUUACAAGAAUGACACUAAUACUCCAAGAGAAAUACUGUUCACUUAUAAAAAACUUCGUUUCAAAAUUUCAUCUACUGAAUCAUAAGCAUGAAUCUGAAUUUGCCGCUAAAGAGUAUCGUAAGGUCAACAAAAUUUGUCGGAUUGCGACCAUAGUGAUAUUGUUGGAGUGCCUCAUUGGGCAAGUGAUGUUCAACGCAGUCCCAAUAUAUGUAAACAUAGAAGCAGGCUUGUUCACAGACCAUGCCCAUAGACCACCAAAUGCAACCUUCGUUCACUUCGUAAACUAUUAUUUCAUCAUAGACCAAUAUAGCGAUGCGAUCGGUUAUACCAUAGUCUCUUUAUUAAACGGUUUCAUUUCAUACAUUUGCGGCGUUGCGUUCUGUGGCUUAGAUCUAUUGAUUUAUGUAUUGGUCUUUCACAUAUUGGGCCAUUUUAACAUACUGGUGGAUAAAAUGAGAAGUUUUCCGAUACCAAUAAGUUUUCCUGAUGAAUCUUCUAACCGACAAUAUAAUGAAGAAGCGUUUAAAAUUUUGAAGAAUUUAAUACAACACGACCAAUUGAUUAAGGAAUUCAUGAACGAUACAUCAAACACGUUUGGCAUCACCCUGUUUAUAUGCCUUUUAUUUCAUCAAGUUUCUGGUUGCAUUUCGCUUCUAGAAAUUUCUCCAAUGACUGCAGAGGCGCUGACACGAUAUGGCCCCUUGAUAUUAGUGUUGUUCAAUCAGCUGAUACAGAUGUCGGUGAUAUUCGAACUAAUAAGCUCCAAGAGUAACUUCCUCUCAGACGAUGCGUACGCGCUGCCAUGGGAGCUGAUGAACAACAAGAACAGAAAGACCCUGCUACUCUUCCUCAUGAACGUGCAGCGACCGAGGGCUCUGAAGGCCGGCGGUUUGGUCUCCGUGGGCGUGCUGACUAUGUCUCAGAUUUUAAAGAACUCAUUUUCAUAUUUCUUAAUGUUAAAGACACUUGGAAAUGUAUAA